AGUAUAUUCGGACUUUUCUGGAAUCAAAAAAUACUUUGCAUAAAGAAAGUUUUAAUAUAAAUCUACAUAUAAAAACCAUCUGGUAUUUGCAUAAAAAUAUCACAUUUGCAAGACAAAUUCAAGUACUUUGGACGAACAUUUCUAUAAUACAGAAUACAGUGCUACAGAGUUGUGUCGAAAAAAGUAAGAGGGGGUUGCACAAAGUUUAAGGAGAAUCAAAGGAAUCAUGUCUGAUUGGGAUACAGUGACUGUGCUGCGCAAGAAGGCGCCCAAAGGUACUUCAGCCAAAUCGGAAUCUGUGGUUAAUCACGCCAGACGUCAAGGAGCAGCCGUUGAAACAACACAAAAGUACGGUGCUGGUACCAACAAGCAACAUGUAACCACAAAGAAUACUGCCAAACUGGAUCGUGAGACUGAAGAGCUAAAGCAUGACAAAAUUCCACUCGACGUUGGUAAACUGAUUAUGCAAGGUCGCCAGUCGAAAGGCCUCAGUCAAAAGGAUCUAGCAACAAAAAUCUGCGAGAAACAACAGGUCGUCACAGAUUACGAAGCAGGCCGUGGCAUUCCCAACAACUUGAUUCUAGGCAAAAUUGAGCGUGUGAUUGGCAUCAAAUUACGUGGAAAAGAUCGGGGCCAACCGCUACAGCCUCUCGGUAAGAAAUGAAUUGACACUGCGGCUGCAAGUGGCAUCGCUAGUUGUAAUAGAAACAAAAAUCAAAUCCACAAAACGCAUACGGAGGCAGCGGUGAAUAUCAACAACAUCAACGCUACUGCAAAUGCAAACAUAAAUGCCACUAACGUUUAUGCCAAAAACAACUGUUAUGCUUACGCCAUCAGCGGCAAACGCAAAUAAAAUUAUCGGGAGGCUGAAAAGCUUUUUUUUUUUGUAUGUUUGAAGGGAAGCGACUUCGUUGUCUAGGAGUGGUUCUUUGAAUUGCAUACAUACAUUUAAACAUAUUCGAAACAUUUUUAUUUUAAAUUUUAUUUUCUUUCAAUUUCAAUCUAAUAUAUUCUGCUUUCAGCAGCAACAGCAUAAACAACUAUAGCUCCGACACAAAAGCAACAGCAAAGCAGAAUUAUAACUAAAGGGAAAUUAAAAGCAUAAAAAUUAAAAACUAUAAGGAUAUAAGAUUUACAUUCAAAUUGAAAUAUUCAACAAAAUAUUAACACAUAAUAGAAUGGUAAUGUUAAAUACAUUAAAUAAUAUAUCACUUUUUACAUAAAACUUCAA